AUGAGCGAACAACAACAAGGACAACCCUCCAGCAGCACCGACGAAACCAAGCUUACUCCUGAAGAAAAGAAGGCUCUCAGAGAACAACGAAAGAAGGAGAGUGAGGAGAAGAAGAAGCAAAGACAAUUGGAGAGAGAACUACAACAAAAAGCUGCUCUAGAGGCUCAAAUUGUUAGAAUUACGGAAGAGGAAUAUAUCAACCAAUCUAAAUCGUUUGGUCAUAUCCCAAUCGUCCGUUCUACCUAUCAAACGGAACAGAAAUUUGAUCAAGUGAAGGAUAUUGAUGCUUCGUAUCAUGACAAGAUUGUAACUCUCAGAUCAAGAAUUCAUACGGUGAGAGGACAAGGUAAAUCUUGUUUCAUCUUGAUGAGAGAAGGAUGCUUCUCGAUUCAGGCCACACUCUUCGCUCAAGAUGAAGAAGGAAAGGCAAUGGCUAAAUAUGCCCAAAAACUUAGCAAGGAAUCCGUCAUUCAAGUGGUCGGUAAAGUAGUGAAAGUUGAACAAGAAAUUACUUCUGCCACACAAAAGGACGUUGAAGUGCAAAUUCACAAGAUUUACUGCAUUUCCGCGGCCAUGGCCUUGCCCAUUCAAAUUGAAGAUUGCAUGAAGGUAGAAACCAAGGAAGAACAAAUGAAAGCCAACCUUGCUGAAUUGGAGGAAGCAAAGGCAGAAGAGGAAGGAACUGGCCCAAAGGCUGUUGGUCAAAAGCUCCGUUUGGACAAUCGUGUGAUUGAUAUGAGAGCCCCUGCUCAAUUGGCAAUUUUCAAGAUUCAAUCUGCCAUGGGAAGAUUCUUUAGAGAAUUCUUGUAUGGUUUGGACUUUACUGAAAUUCACACACCAAAAUUGAUUGCUACUGCUUCUGAAGGAGGUGCUGAAGUUUUCAAGGUUCAUUACUUUGAUCGAUUUGCCUAUUUGGCUCAAUCACCACAAUUGUACAAACAAAUGGCUGUUGUUGGUGACUUGAUGAAGGUCUUUGAGAUUGGCCCUGUAUUCAGAGCUGAAAAGAGUUUCACUCACCGUCACUUGACAGAGUUUGUUGGUUUGGAUAUUGAAAUGGCCAUCAAAUCUCACUAUACUGAGGCUUUGGAAGUGAUUGACAAGAUGUUUAUCUAUAUUUUCAAUCGUAUUGAGAAGGAUUUUGCUAGAGAAUUGGAAAUUAUUAGAGCUCAAUAUCCAUUCGAACCAAUCAUUUACAACCAAGAAAAGAACUUGCGAAUUCCAUACUCUCAAGCCAUCACCUUGUUGAAUGAAAAGCACAACUUGGGACUUGCCCUCGACGAAGAUAUCAACUCUACUCAAGAAAGAAUGUUGGGAGAAAUCAUUCAUGAAAAGUACAAUACUGACUUUUUCAUUGUUGACAAGUUCCCACUGAAAUUACGUCCAUUCUACACCAUGCCUUGCCCAGAGGAUCCAACCUUGUCCAACUCGUAUGAUAUUUAUUUGAGAGGUGAAGAAAUUUCUUCCGGAGCUCAACGUGUUCACGAUGCUGAAUUGUUGCAACAAAACGCAAAGGAGAAGGGUGUUGAUAUGACUCCUAUCCAAGCAUACGUCGAUGCUUUCAAAUAUGGUGCUUGGCCUCAUGCUGGUUGCGGUGUUGGUUUGGAAAGAAUUGUCAUGUUAUAUCUUGGUUUGGGUAACGUGAGAAAGACCUCCAUGUUCCCAAGAGAUCCAAACAGAGUUACUCCAUAA